CUUCAAUGUUCAUGACGUGCAUAAUUUGGCACCUGUAAUUUUGCUUUGCUCGUCUGUGUGGAUGUUAAUCCGAUUCGAUAGUUUACUUUACACGAUGCUAAUGUGAUCCGUACAAAAUGGGAAUGUAUGGAAUGGGGUCCAAUGUGAAGAGAAAAAAGGAGGGGAGGCACCUAAUCCUCGAGGCCAGUGGAAGCAAGGGUACUUGAAGGGCUUCCUCGCCUUCCCUUCCCUUCCCCCACCAUGACUACCAUCUGUCCACACGAACUUGCCACUGGCCACUGCGACGAUGCAAAUUGUCCUUUUCGAUACGAAUCCAAUACAUUCUCAUGCGACGCCUGCCGCAAUAUUUAUCCUGAUCGAGCUUCCUACGACGUGCACCUCAGCACAAAGAUUCACCAGAAUGCUGUAUCAGGUUCAGCGCUGUAUGCCUGCCGUAUUUGCAAUGUGAACGUUCCUGGCAUGAAAUGUUGGGCGCAGCAUGUCACCGGAGGACGCCAUCAUCUUACAGCUCAGCAGCAAGGCGUAUCCUCCGAUGUGCAACCGGAAGAGCCUGACGUCGUUCCAGGCCACACGCUCUGUGCCAUCUGCAAUCGACAGAUAUUCAAUCCUCAUUGGAAGGGCCACCUCUCGAAUCAGAAACACAAAGACAGAGAACAGUUUGCCAAGUAUUCUUCCGCUCUCGAGGAAGCCGCGCAAGAUAAACACGAUGUCACCGUCACCGGCGAUCUCGACUUCGGCAUUGUUGAACUCGAUGCUGUUCGUGCUGGGGUGUCGGUUCCAGUGACUAUCAGCACGACAGUUCCCCACGCUCGUCUGGCUGUGUCGGUGCAAUUGGCGUCGUCGAAACGUCGAUCCGUGUUUUCUCCAUUUACCGUCCACCCUGCGGGCCGAUAUCAACUCAAGUAUCGACAGCCUGUCAAGCUGAUUGUCACUGCGCUACAGACGUUUCCCGGACGUGGAGACGACCGGCUAGAGCUGGUGUUCGAAGACUUACAUCUCCAUACGCAGUUCAUCAUAUGCCGACCUCUUCACAUCAUCGUCGGCAACGCAGCUGCACACAAAGCUCUGCAACCGAAGGCACCUUACAUCCCUCGUAAGCCGACGACGCGCCACCCAGAGACGGCUGUGGUAAAAGGCGUAAAGCCUCCAGCUCUCAGCGUCAUUCCGUACAUCGUUGAACUUCCCAAGGCCGACAUUCCGAAAAGUCUCCUGGCAACGCUGUCUACAGGUUCCGUUGCUGAGAUCACGCAGCGCCUCCUUGGUGUUUUCUUACCGUCCACUAUUGAAGGCGCCGCAUACGGGAAGUAUUACAAGCACUUGAUUUGGGCUGAAGAGUUCAAAAUGAGUCAAGAUCUGGAAUAUUAUGACAUCCCUGACGCCCAGCUCACGCAGCAUAACCAAUACUACUAUCUCAAUGUUCCCGGCUUAGCUGAGAAGAGACCGAGUGUACUCGUCGGCGACGUCAUCCUCGCCCGACGGAGCGAUGCCCCCGAAGGUCAUUGGUAUUCCGGCGGUGUCCAUGUCGUCAGGAAAGAAGAAGUAGGAUUGUGUUUCCAUCGCUCUUUCAGAGCCUCUCCCACGGACAGAUUCCUUGUUCGGUUCAAAUUGAAUAGAUACCCCCUUCGCCGUCAGCACCAAGCGCUCGAUACAGCAUUCGCGCCGGCGCGGUUACUCUUACCCACAAAGCAGCAUGUUCUUACGUUUUUAAGAGCUACACCGUGGAAGCCUUUCAACACGCUAAUCAGUACAAAUGCCCGUCAGAGACUGGCGGUGGAUUGCAUACUCCGCCAGCGUCCUGGGACGGUACCUUUUGUUAUAUUUGGCCCGCCUGGAACAGGAAAAACCGUUACUAUGAUAGAAGCGAUCCGGCAAAUCCUUGCAGCCAAUCCCAAAGCCAGAAUAUUGGCUUGCGCGCCAAGCAACUCAGCCGCAGACCUGCUCGCUUCUCGUCUGAUAAUGUUGGGCAUGGAUAGCCUAUUCCGCUUCUACGCUCCGUCGAGACCAAAGACCACCGUUUCGCACGAGCUCGAACCCUUCACGUUCGUUAAGAACGGAAAUUUCUCCGUCCCCAUUCUUUCCCGUGUGCGACAAUUCAAGGUUAUCGUCACGACCUGUGUUUCUGCCUCGGUGUUCUUUGGAAUUGGGAUCCCGAGAGGGCAUUUCACGCAUAUCUUCAUUGACGAGGCGGGUCAGGCGACGGAACCGGAAGCGAUGAUUGCGGUGAAGACUAUGGCUGAUAACAUGACAAAUGUUAUUCUGUCUGGUGACCCUAAACAGCUUGGACCUAUCAUUAGGUCGGCCGUGGCCAGGGACUUGGGUCUGGAGAUGAGCUAUAUUGAGCGACUGAUGCAGAGAGACAUGUAUGAUGAGAAGGCAGGGCAUGGGAGUUCGGUAGUCAAGUUAACCCAAAACUUCCGUUCCCAUCCGGCGAUUCUCAAAUUCCCGAACAAGAGGUUCUACAAGGGAGAGCUCCAACCCUGUGCAGAUCCUAGGAGUAUCACUGCUUUUAUUGGAUCUAAGCAUCUCGAGGCGAAGAAAUUCCCCAUUGUGUUUCAUUCCAUGGCGGGCAAGGACGACCGGGAGGCCUCGUCUCCAUCCUUCUUCAACAUUGACGAGGUUCUCGAUGUCAUGAGGACGAUCGAAGACUUACGGUCAGAUAAGAAACUGCGCAUCACUGACAAUGAUAUCGGCGUGAUCGCCCCAUAUCAUGCACAGGUUCUUAAAAUUAGAAAUAUAUUGAGGAGAGGGUAUGAGGGUAUCAAGGUCGGCAGUGUAGAGGAGUUCCAAGGCCAGGAACGUAAGGUCAUCAUUAUAUCGACAGUCAGGAGUAGUAAAGAAUUCAUUGAGUAUGAUCUCCGGCAUACCCUUGGGUUCGUCGCAAGCCCCCGUCGUUUCAAUGUCGCCGUGACUCGAGCACAAGCACUGCUUGUCGUUGUUGGAGACCCGAAUGUUCUGUCUCUUGAUCCGUUGUGGAGAUCAUUCCUCAAUUAUAUCUACAAAUAUGGUGGAUGGAAAGGGCUACCGAUUUCUUGGGAUCCCGAUGCUGCUGUGGAUGAAGCAGGGGGGUAUGACCGUGCUUUCCGGGAGGCUGCGCAAGAGGACAUGAAUGACUUUACUAGGAAGUUGGAGGCGAUGACCCUAGCGGGUGUUGCGGAGGAUGAGGAUGUCGUAGAUCGCCCUUGGAUGCGGCAUGAUGGAUAAACCGCAGCUGUGGUUCCCUUCAUAAUGUGUAUACUUGGUGUCUCUUGUUUCUUUACGCGAUGCCAAUACUUUUGUUCCUGCUAUCCUUCAAAGAAUAAGGCCUCUGGGACUCUACAGACAUUUUUGGGUUGUGCGGACAGCGUAUUUACUAUUCGGGCACUUUCCGUAAGUCAACAUAACUGUUCCAUUGCGAUCUUCUUCUCUAGAUGCUGAUGUUCUUCCUAUAUAAUACACUUUACCUCGCGUUGUCCAGCUUUAAUCAGUGCACUGAUGUGGCUGAUGCGAAGAGGUGAUCUUUUCUCACCCUCGUGAGCAUAUC